AUGAACGGCCUAUCAGAAAGAUUCUACGAAUGGAUCCGAACUUGGAACAUUACCGUGGAACCGCUUAUGCUUGUCUUAGCAGCAUGCAAUGCAGCGAGAUCUAUUGUGGCACCGGAACUGUCCGAGCACAAAAUGAUGCGAGUUUAUCCUCCUCCUCCUGGGCUUGACAGCAAAGGACUGAAAAAAUUCUAUAACAAAAAGAUGGUCAUAUGGGACAACAAUUAUACCUAUGUAAAUCUACCAAUAGCCUGCGUUGUUGGAGUCAUGUAUGGAGGCUAUAGCGACUACCAUGGACGAAAACUACCACUAAUCGUAGGGAUUGCUAGUGUGCUGGUGGAGAAUGCAAUGAGAAUACUUAUUUGGUCGCCAUCUGCGGACUUUUCAUUGUAUUGGUUCUACCCCACUGCUGCUGUAACUGGGGUAAUGGGCGACUUUAUGCUGACAAUGAGCUGCAUUAAUGCGUAUGUUGCUGACAAGUUCGACGAUAAAGGGAUUUUAUCGAAGAGGAUGAUUAUCGUUUCCAUCAUGUUCAGUCUCGGUUCCUUCAUUGCCUCACAAUGUACAAAAUAUGUUCUUAAAGUGGUGUCUUCUACAGUGCUGCUUAUUAUCGUCGAAUGUGAGACUUUCACCGAUUUCUGGGAGGUGACUAAACUGUCUUUCUAUUCUAUCUACGCCUCUUUGAAAAUAUUCCUACUUUCUCGAGAGGGACAUCGACGGCUAUUUCUCUACCUCACCUUCACAGCAAAUUUCAUGGAUCAACUUUAUUUCGGUGAAAAUGCAUUUGUUGCAGCACUGAUUGGCACAUACACUCGUCUACCACCAUUUAAUUGGGAUAGCGAGCAGUAUGCUGAUUACCGUUCCAUAAGACCGAUAGUUCGUAGGCUGCUUGAGCCCUACACAAAGAAAUUAUCUUCUUUUGACUUUCUAGAGAUUAUUGGAAUGUUUUUUGGAUUGUUUGUCUUCAAGAAAUGGCUUAAUCUUCGUGAUACUUUUGUCAUCUGUCUUACGAUAGCCACAUUAGGAGUAAAUCUAGUGAUGAUAGGGUUAGCUUAUUCAUCAUGGAUGAUAUAUGCUAGUUUGGCUCCAGGAAGUCUUCAUGGUCUGCUAAAUCCUCUGAGUUACUCCUUUCUUUCGUGUCUUGUGGAUGGAAACGAGACGGGAAAAGCGUUUGCAAUAAGUUCAAUAGCACAAAAAUUGGCUGGAUUUGUACAGACCGCGAUUCUUCAGAAUAUCUAUAUUGCCACGGUUGAUUGGUACCAGGGUUUUGUCUGGCUUGUGAUGGGCGGCAUCUGUGUCGUGGCCACUCUCAUAUAUUCCUACGUUCAUGUUGUUGCAAAACGGGAGAACAUCGGGUCUUAA